CUGCGGCUACGAUUCAGCAGUUGGGGUGAAUGCAUGGUUUCCGCCGUGAAAGCCCGACUUGUGGUCACAAAAGGGUGACACCGGUGCAAGAAAGCGCUUUACAAGCCGCCUGUUUCAUAGACAAUCUUUGAAGGAGCACAACAAUGGGCGUUGAAGUCGAGACAAUAUCUGCCGGCGACGGAAGAACAUUUCCAAAGAAAGGCCAAACAUGUGUCGUUCAUUACAUAGGCAUGCUGCAGAAUGGGAAAAAGUUUGAUUCCUCCCGAGACCGGAACAAGCCCUUCAAGUUCAAAAUCGGACGAGCGGAGGUCAUCAAGGGCUGGGAGGAAGGAGUAGCACAGAUGAGCCUGGGCCAGAGGGCUAAAAUCACCUGCACACCAGAUAUGGCUUAUGGAGCGACAGGCCACCCCGGAGUCAUCCCUCCCAACGCCACGCUUAUUUUUGAUGUGGAACUGCUCAAGCUUGAGUAAUGCCCUGAAGUCAAAAAAAACAAGAAAGAAAGAAAGGAAAAGAAACAAACAAGGUUGAAGGUUACUGAGGCUGCAGUCGCCACAAGUUGUUACCGCAGGGAGACCAUACCCGGCCGCUGCCUCCCACUACCCACCUGCCCAUCAUUGCCUCCUCUGUUUUUUUUUUAUUUCUACGGUUCAGUAUUUAAACAUAUCUUCUGCUGCUGUGUUUCCAUUAUGUCAGUUGUUCAUGCAAGACUUCACACAUACACACACAGGUUUCUGUUCGAGAUGCUUUCUUUGUUUAAAUUUCAAGUCAUGUUGUAAAUUUUGUUGAACCAAAAGGAAAUCUGUUACCUGACAAAAAGCUGUGCCGCGUCGCAAUCCUAACAUAUGCACUGCCUUACGGUCCGAACAACCGAGGAAGGGUCUGUCGUGUUGAAAGUACAAUGUUUCUGCUCUGGAUAUUAACUGGGCAUUAUCUACCACUGUCUGCAUUGCCACUUUGAUAAAGGCGCGUCCUGCUGAAUGCUCUGAAUGAUGUUGCUCUGUUUAGUAUAUUUUAUAACCCUUCAUGAACAUUUACUGCAAGUGUACUCUUAUCAAAUAAUCAAGCCCAGUCCCAAUACUGUACUGAAGUCCACGAGAGCCAUUGGAACUACAGAAGGGUUUACCGACCAACUCCUGAAUAAAAAUGGCAUGUACUGUGUUGAGAA